AUGGACUCGUCUAACUUGACUGUUACAACGUCAACGACGCCGCUAUUAGUCUCCUCUUCACCUCCAUCAACACCCGCCUCAGUGUCAACUUCAACAACAACAGCCGAAUCACCAGCAGCAAAAGAACAAACUCAUUACUAUAAAAAAAUACUGAAACAUCGUCGAAAGUAUCAGUUCGAUAAAAAGUUAGGUAAAUAUGUGCAUGUUCGGCGGAAACCAACCACUAUGCAACCACCGUAUCAAACAGACUCUGCCACAAGUGUUCGAUGGACCGAUCGAGUUAGUGCUGAAGAGAUCAUCACCCCGAAUAAGUCAUCAGUUUCGUAUGAAGCACUCGCUCCUCAACUAACUCUUAAUCACAUUUUGAUUAAUGCAAGAGACAGUAGUAGUUCUGUGGAGGCAUCUGAUGUUGAGCGUCAGUCUACACUGGACAGUACUGAUAAUAUGAAAAGACCAUUCUAUGAGGAUGAGGAAGAGAAUCGUGUAGAGAACGACGUUUUAUAUGACACUGCCUCACCGCGGCUAUCCGCCACAACCGUUUCAACUACACUGCAACCUCAGUCUGAACCUUCCACUUCUCCUCAUCCAAUUUCAUCCGAUGAUGAUUCAAGUGGUGAAUUUAUGGACGUCGUCAUCGAUUCGGCUGUUAUCGACGACACUAUCGAAUUCGAUUCUAGUGAGCAGCGCAGUACAAUUCAUAGUACUCCAUCCCCCACGGUUACACCUCUCUCCAGAAAUACACCGGCCACGACCGUAGAUAUCCCGUACAUUCACGACCCUCUCAUUCCUCCUGACCACUUAACAACAACAACCAAAAGACCAGCGGUGAUAACUGUAUCCACCACUACUACAUACCCGACUACAACUGAUAGCAAUGCUGAUGCUGAGCACAUUACUGAUAUCAUUCCUGAAGUUUCUAUCCCUGACAGUACCGGUUCAAUUGGCAUUACCACAACUCCUACAUUUACUACGACGACGCUGACUCCUUAUCAGAGUCCAGCAUUGGUUACAACACCAGCGAUAACCGCAUCUACAAGUACCCCUUCUAGAUCACUGCUCAAUCAUCCAUAUACUUCUACACCUACUGUCCCCAUUUGGACAACUUCAACUUCAUUUGCUGCUCUCACACCCAAAUCUUCAACUACAGUAUCUUCUACCAUAUUAGUAAGCAGUACGUCUUCCAGUUGGACAACAUCAAGUACCGUUGCUAUGCCAACAACAACUAGGGCCACUCCUGAAACAACGCAGUCAUAUUUCAAGCCGAGCAUUAAACCAGUUCCUAAAGCAAUUCCAACAGAAUUUCCUCGUAUCAAAUCUACUCUCAGACCACUUUCUGGACCUGCACCUCAGCAAGUCCCUAAAAUGCAAGUUAAUCUCGCUAAUAGACCGAUUCUGAAACAAGUUCCUCGGGUUAUUUCUAAGCCUGUUCUUGAACCAACUACUACGUCUUCCAGUCGGACAACUUCAACUUCAAGUACGUCAACUACUUCAACAACAACAACAACGACAACAACAACAACAACAAGUACACCUAAAGCAUCUCGUAAACUGUGGCCAAACUUUAAGCCGGUUAUCAAACCAAUUUUGAGACCAGUUCCGAAAGAGUAUCCUCGGGUUGUUCAUAAAUUCGACCCUAAACCUGCUCUCAAACCAAUGCCUGGACCUAUAGCUCAGCGAGUCCCUAAAAUACAACCUAUUCUUGUUGCUAAACUGAUUCCGAAACGUAUCCCCGCAGUUGCUCUCAAACCUACUUCUAAACCAACGACAUCUUCAACAACUACUGCUCCAUCAACCACCACUACCAAACCGUUAACAACCACUAGCACAACUCCACUCAGGCCCAAGCCUACGACAAGACCGAAAUAUCUCAAAAAGCCAUUAACAACACAAGCGCCAGCAUCACGGCUCCAUUUAAUGAGCAAUAUGGAUUCAUCUCAACCGAGGCUGUCUGGUUUCACGCUUGUCACAGCGCUUCUGGAUAUCGGUCGAGGGCAAUGGUGGGAAUAUAGACGUCCACUGAACAGAUACUACGAAUAUCUGAAUAAUGUUCUCGAAUUGAGAGUCAAUCUGGUGAUUUAUGUUGAUCCAAAAACAGUCGAUUACGUUCUUCAGAAAAGGAAACAUUUCAAAUUGGAUCACGUCACUAAAAUAAUUCCAUUUACAUUAUCCGAACUUCCACUUCAUCAAUACAUGACUUAUGUGGAACAAAUAAUCGACUAUGAGCAACGUGGUAAUGGAUGGAGUUCGGAAUGGGAUGAGACCAUGAAGACACAUCCUGAAGCAAAGAGUGCUGCAUACGACAUUGUCGUCAAUUCCAAAUCAUUCUUUUUAUACAACGCUUCGAUUGAAAAUCCUUUCACCACCGAGAACUUUGUGUGGCUUGACGCAGGCUAUGGUCACGGCAAUCGGGCAGUAUUUCCGCCGGGUUUUCGAUGGUAUCCGCACUUUCCACCAAAUAAGAUUUCACUUAUAAAAGUAACACCAGAAUACGAUCAGAUUUCAAGAUAUACAAUCAAUGAUUUGUAUCGUAAAGAUUGGGCGGUUAUUAGUGGUGGAUUCUUGGGUGGUGAUCGAGAUGCGAUCAAUCAAUUUCAUCGUUCAUAUCAACACUUGAUCCUUGAUCUCAUAAGUCAACGUCGUGCUGACGAUGAUCAGACGGCAUUGGUGCUCCUCAUACAAGAACGACCAGCGCUCUUCAACGUCGUUCACGGUAGUUGGUUUGAUGCAUUCCGUUUGUUCAACUAG